ACUGCGUCCCGAGCGCCGACCGGCAGCCGUGCACGCUCGGUGACCUGAAAAAACAUGAUAACUGCCUAUCAGGGGCUGCCGAGAUGCCACAAGUAGUAGGGGAUUACCGUAAAACGGUGAAGACAGCUGACCACAUCUGUGAGCCGUUUUCUUCGAGCGGUUUGACUCAGCACUCAGCACUCAGCCAUCGUAGCUCCCGCGAAAUGAGAGAUAAAGACAGUAAAGGAUUUAGCUGAUUUAGCGUGCCGACGGAACUGAUGCGGAAGAAAUCCGCUCUGUAUUUGCAGCGCUCAAAACAAACGCGACAAAAUAAAGCAUGAGUCUAUGAAGUACUUUUAUUAAACUUAUCUUAGUAUAUUUACGUUUUCAAAACAAAAAUCCAAGUUAAUUAUAUUCCUCUGACAGCGAACUAGGGCGCUUUGCGACGACAUCGACGACAUCAUCAUUCCCGUUCAUGACGUCAUAAGUCGGGGUUUCUCCUGGAUGCGCGGGAAAACGUUGUGCAGUCAAACAUCAACGUUAAAUGAAAAGUCCUAUCAGCUCCCAUCAGUUGUGACAACGUUAGAAUCUCUUGUAUUUACGUGCAAAGAUACCCGGCUGAAUCUUUGGACUGUUGAACCGGUGACUCGGGCUGGAGUGUCGUGUCGACUGGGCCGCCUUCAGUUUCACUUCGUGGCUUUGUCGUACGGGAGGCCGGAAACAAUGUUGCGCAGUGCCCGCCUCAGGAAAGAACUGGAAAUGCUGAACACGCAGCUUCCCCCCGGAAUCGUCUGCAACGCAGCGAAUGAGAGCAUGGACCAGAUAGAAGCAGUCAUUUUUGGUACCAGUGGCACACCGUACGAGGGUGGCAAGUUCAAGAUAAGUAUUCAAAUUCCCGAAAGGUAUCCGUUUGACGCACCGAGAGUCAAGUUCCAGACGCCAGUGUACCACCCCAACAUCGACUCUGCUGGCAGGAUCUGCCUCGAUGUCCUCCAGAUGCCUCCCAAGGGUCGCUGGAAGCCGUCCCUGAACCUGAAGGCAGUCCUGCUCUCGCUCCAGGCGUUGUUGGCACAGCCCAACCCGGAUGAUCCUCUCGUACCUCAUGUGGCUGAACAGUUCAAGUUGAGCAGAGAGUUGUUCAACAGUCAGGCGGCCAAACACACGCGUCGCCACGCUACGUGAGAUGGAGCCGCCCACCACGUCGGAAAGAGUCUCGGUUCUCUACUACGAGAAGACUAGCCCUGAUCUCAAGGUGAAAACGGGUGCCAGUCAUGUAUACAUGUAUCAUAAAGCUUGCACGUGUCCUUCUA